GGGACAACGAGCGAGAAAGCGCCAAGCGCCGGAGACAGAAUGCCUACGCCAAAGAUCUGGAGCUUCAAAUGCGAGAAAAUGACGCUGCAAAACUGCGGGAACGCUACCAGGAGAUGAGCGUCAACGCCUCGGGAUGGCUCGACCCAGAGAAGCGACCAGACCGGCUCAAGCCACUCGGAGGCGACGGAUUUAUGACAAGUCGAAGAGAGAGGGAUUCCAAGGUUCGGCCUUACCAUACUCUGUUUCUCUACGGCAGAAAUCCCCAAGAUGCCAACACAUCACGGGCAGGAAUUCCCGAAGGCAGUGGCAACAUUGGCGUUGGCGGCACCGAGGGUGGGUCCCUACAGUUACGACAGUGGCAACUCAGCCUUGAUACGCCUGCAGGUCUUAUGCACGAGCCUCUUACGGAAGCAACAGCCGGUAGAUACCAACCCAACGACUCCAUUCACCAAGCAUACAAUUUCUACGCUACUAGAGACAUCGAUCGACCAGCUGGGUAUGGUUCGAUCGUCCAGCCUCUGGUUGUUCCGUACGUGGACAAUCGACCGAUCAUAAUGCCAGGAAGAUAUGAAUCCAAUGACUAUCAUCCGAAGUAUAAUCCUUUCGAACACAAUAACAACAACGAUAGUUUGCACCGGGAAAUCAAAGCCCUGCUGGGAAUAACACAGUUAGAAAGGGAGAGGACAAAGGCGCAGCUCACCAGAGAAAAUGAUGACUAUCAGAAGAGGAUGAGGAAGGAGUUGGAGGAUGAACGAAGGAGGCUGAUGGACCAGGAAAAUGAGGCAAGGCGUCGAAUGGAGCAGAUGGCCAGAGAUCUUGAAGAGAGGAGACGGGAGUGGGAAAGACAAAUGAGGGAAGCAGAGAGAGCCAAACAAAAAAUCAAACUGCCCAAAACAGAGCCGAUCACAGUUAGACCUCCAAGUACAACAUUGCUCAGUGACAUGGACGACACCAGGCGACGACUGAUCGAGGAGCGAAAGAAAAUUGAAGAACUACUCAGAGCACAGAGACCCCAAGAAUACACAGAGGUCAAGAUUUUGAAAAGGCCACCACCGCCACCAACGCCUCCCGAUUGUGACCUUGCCAACCGACGAAUUGUUGAAGAGUUUAAUUAUUUAAAGCACAUAGAUGUGGAGAAUCGGAAGAUGUUUCGCCAAAUGUACCCACAUCUGCCCAAGACCAACAUAAACCUGGAAGCCCAGCAGCGAGCAUUGCUCCGACAGCAAGAGGAGGCCCUUAGAUCCUUACAGAAAGACCCUAAGCAACCUCCCGCCAAAACAGCUCCUGUCAACUUCAACAGACGACCUCGCUGGAUGGACAAGUCUCUGACACCUCUACCACACAGAGUUCGUCACAGAGAUCGCCUGUACACUGCUCACAGUUUGGACGGUGACCUAGACCGCAUCUACAGCACUGUAGAGAAGCAUGAAAGGGCUUUAGAAAGUACUUCUGACGAGUUCGACAAGCUCCGGCUACGCAGCCACAGGCCAGCCUCAGCUGAAACCCUAACUGACGACACAUGGAUGAGACCAGCUUCAGCUACCAUUAUAUGA